AUGCUGCGGCCUGGUCCUCGCGGCCGCCGCCCCCUCCUGCUGGUGCUGCUGCUGCCGCUCCUCGCAGCCGCCGCCACCGCCGCCUCUGCCGCCAGCCCCGGCUCCAGCCAGGCCGUCGAGGUGAUGACCCCGGGCCGCCGGGCCGGCAUUGCUGCUUGUCGCUGCUGCCCAGGCCAAUCGCCCAGGAGGAGCCGCUGCUUCAGAGCCUCCUGCAGGGUCCGGAGCUGCCUGCCAGGAAAGUGUGCAGGCCCUCAGCGGUGCCUGACUCCAGUGCCCCGGGCGCUGCCGAGCCUCGGCCCCAGUGCGAGGAAGAGACAGGUGUCCCUGAAUUGGCAGCCACUGACGUGAGUGUGCAAUUUCUCCCCCUGCCCCCGCCAGGUGCUCAGAAGCUCCCAAGCCCAGCACUUCCGGCUCACCUUUCUCUACAGCCUGGCUCUCUCCCUUGUUCUCUCUGUCUCUGUCAACUUGUAUCUCUGUUUCUGUUUCUCCUUUU